GCUCUAAGGACCUUUCACUCACAAGCAAGCUAUCCAAUACUCGAUAAAGCACUCAGCACAUAUCCAAACUCUCGAGAAUAUCUCAUCAUCAAUAUCAACAUGGCCACUGUUUCUGCUGCUCGUUACGGAAAGGACAACGUCCGUCUCUACAAAGUUCACCGCGAUGAGAAGACUGGUGUCCAGACGGUGAACGAGACUACCGUCUGCGUUCUUUUGGAGGGAGACAUUCAAUCUUCCUACACCCGUGCCGACAACAGCGUUGUUGUGGCCACCGACUCGGUCAAGAACACCAUCUAUCUUCUGGCCAAGCAAAACCCCGUCACACCUCCUGAACUCUUUGGCUCCAUCCUUGCUACCCACUUCCCUGCCGAAUACGCCCAUAUCCACGCAGUACACGUCAAGAUCAUCACGCACCGCUGGACGCGCAUGGUCGUCGACGGCAAGCCGCACCCCCACUCCUUCUUCCGAGACGGCACCGAGACCCGCAACGUAGAAGUUUACUUCAAGCGCAAUGCCGGCAUCUCGAUCAAGUCUGGUAUCCAGGGUCUCACCGUCCUCAAGAGCACCGGCUCCGCCUUCCACGGUUUCGUCCGCGAUGAAUACACCACCCUCAAAGAGGUCUCGGACCGAAUCCUGAGCACCGAUGUCGACGCCGCCUGGGACUGGAAGGUAUUCCCCGACGUUGCCGCAGUUCGGGCUGUCAUUCCCGCGUUCGACGCCGCGUGGGAGGCCGCGAGACAGAUCACCAUGGACACUUUCGCAAAGGACUUCUCCGCGUCUGUUCAGGCCACCAUGUACAAGAUGAGCGAGCAGAUCCUGGCCGCCGUGCCACUGGUCGAGCACGUCUCGUACAACCUCCCUAACAAGCACUACUUCGAAAUCGACAUGUCGUGGCACAAGGGACUCCAGAACACCGGCAAGAACGCCGAGGUGUACGCACCGCAAUCCAGCCCCAACGGCCUCAUCAAGUGCACCGUCUCGCGGGCAAGCCUGACUCCCAAGUCGAAGUUGUAAAUUUAUGUACAGCCCCUAACUACCUAGAUCGCGUUUUCUUUUUCUUUUCGGGUGUUUUGUUUCUCUUCGGCCAUGUACCUAGAAUUUUGAUUUUGGUUUGGGAUAUG